AUGUAUAGUACGUCCGAAUGGCCCGAUGCACAAUUAAGCAAUAUUCAAAAAACGUUACAAAAUUCAUGGCAAAUUCCUUACAUAACUCAAUUUUGUCGUGUGUUCUGUGAAGUAUUUAAUUUAUUUGAAUUUCAUCAAGAAGAAUUAGAAGAUGCACUAUUAUUAGAUAGUCCAGAUGAAAUGCAUCCAUUUUUACAAGAAUUACUUCUUUCAUUGCUAUCCGGUUUGACGCGUUUUCAAGUCAAUUCACAAAAUAUUCAUGUUAUGCUUGCAAAAUGUUUAAGAAAAUGUGAUUUAACACUACAGUCAUCAAUUUCUCCACAAUCAGCACCAUCAGAAGAAACACUGGCGAUAACUGAUUGGAAAGAAAUGAGUGUAUUCGAAAAAUUAAACAUGUUAAGAUGUUUAUGUGAUGCAAGAUUAAAUCAACCAGAUGUAGAAAAUUUAACGGAGACUAUUUCAGCUGAUUUAAUUCGUUUUGAACCGUGUGGUGAAGAUUCCAAAGGAAAUAAAAUUUGGUAUUUUGGUGACACAAGAUUAUAUGUAGAAGAAUUAGAUAAAACAAAAUCGGGGAUAACAUCAUGGGGAUGUGUAUGUCGUACAUUAGAUGAAUGGGAAAUAUUCAUUUCUGUGUAUAAACAAUCGACAAAAGUUCAAGAUAAACGUUUACUACAAACAUUACUUUUACUUAUUCAAGAACUACCUGAUAUUUACUCAAGAAAAGAACGUGAAACACAAAAACGUUCAUCAGAUUUAUUUGCUAAGUAUGGACCUAAACGAUCGUCCACUCGACUCGAAACAAAAAGACAAACACGAAUACAAAAAGAACAAUUUGAUGCUGAACAAAAAGAGAGAAAUGAAAAGUUUUUCGAAUACAAGAGAAAACAAGAAAUGAUAAUUGCCCAAGAAAAAGAACGCUUAGAACGGCAGGAUCAAGUCAAAAAACGAGAAGAACGUGCCUCUCGUAUUCGUCGUCGUGCAGCCGUGUUAAAUGGAAAUCAUUUAUUGGAUUCGUCUUCGACAAGUUUUGAUGAUUUGAAUGAAUUUAAUUCUGAGAAUAUUUUGAAUAUGUUACGUACAUAUGAAAAUAGUUGGCCAUUUCUAGAACCGGUUACAGAAGAAAUAGCACCACUUUAUUUUAGUGUUAUUGAAAAACCCAUUGAUUUGUCAACUAUUCAAACAAAGAUUAAUCAUCAGUGUUAUGUAAAUAAUUCAAACGAAUUUCUUUCAGAUAUUGAAUUGAUGGUAGAAAAUUGUAAAAAAUAUAAUGGAAAACGGAGUGUACUUGGGCGUAUAUCUAAUCGUUUACUAAAAUAUUCCAAAGAAAUUUGGUCUGAAUAUCAACCUCAAACAUCUCAAGUCGAUGACAUGGACGAUAUAAAUCCAUCGAAAUGUCAACGAUCAACAAAUGCUUUUGAAUAUACUCAAAUAACUGCAGAUGAUAAUAAUAACACAACUAGAACGUCAAGUCGUUUCUCAAAAACAAGAAACUAUCGACAAUCAACCGGUUUAAGCGAUGACGAUGAAAUGGAUUAUAAGCCUCCAACAACGACAAAACGAGUAAGAGUUUUUAAAUCAUACAAGUCGCAAAAACUGCCUCGCUCAUCUUUAGUUCAGAUAUAUAAUAAUCAUAAUAUACGUGAUCCAGCCACUUUAACUAUUUAUCAUGAUCAUUCGUAUACUCGUUUGAAAGAAGCACCAAUAGCGAUUAAUAAUGAAAAUCUAUCAAAACGUUCAUCAACACAACGUUCAACAACUCUCUCAACGUCUUCAGUUAUAGCAUUAUCACCGUCUACUACUACUCCCAUUUCGGCACCUAAAUUAACAUCUGUCAAAGAGAUCAAUCAACUAUUAUCUCAAAAUAACAUUCGUCUACUAUGUACGGCAAAUGAUCUAAAUAAUCGUUUUCAAAAUGAAUUAACAAAAUCUCACUCAGAGCCAACUAAUAAAUUUGAUUUUACGCAAUACGUUCGAGCUUUACUCGCCAAACAGCAACAAGCAAUUACCAUUUCUUCAUCUUCUUUAUAA